AUGAACAUGACGCUCUCCGACCGGCUGCCGCUGCGGCGAGCCGUGCCCGACACACGUGACCUCGGGUGCCAACGGCGACACUACCCGGCGGCGCUGCCGGCCGCCUCGGUCAUCAUCGUCUUCCACAACGAGGGUCUGUCGAGCCUGCUGCGAACGGUGCAGAGCGUGCUGGAUCGCUCGCCGCCUCACUUGCUGCACGAGGUGCUGCUGGUGGACGACUUCAGCCACUUCGCUGACCUGGGCGAGCCCCUGGAGUCGGCCGUGGCCCCUCUGCGUCGGGUCCGGCUGCUGCGCUCCGGCCGCCGCGAGGGCCUGAUCCGAGCCAAGAGCCUCGGAGCGCUGGCCGCCGGCGGCGAGGUACUGCUCUUCCUGGACGCCCACUGCGAGGUCAACACGGGCUGGCUGCCGCCGCUGCUGUCCGCCGUCGCGCGUGACAGGCGGACGGUGGCCGUGCCGCUCCUGGACUCGAUCGACAGCCGCAGCUUCCAGUAUCGGCCGCUACAUGGCGCCACCGUCGGCCCCCAAGGCUCGCCGCUGCUGCCGCGGGGCAUUUUCGACUGGGCGCUCCGCUACAAGGAGCGGGUGCUGACGCCAGCCGAGGCGUGGAUGUGUGGCGGCGCCGUGCAGACGGUGCCCUGCUCCCGCGUGGGUCACGUGUACCGGGACCGGACGCCCUACGACUUCGGUGACCUGCCCGCCCGGGCUGGCGGUCCCAUCAUCAGCGCGGCUGCCAACAUAAGCAGCUUUUGGGUGGGCUUCACUCCACAGAACUUCCUGCGCGUGGCCCACGUCUGGAUGGACCAACAUCGCGAGCACUUCCUGACGGAGGAGCCCCUGGCCUGCCGCAGCUUCGACUGGUACCUGGCGACGGUGGUGCCCGAGCUGACGGCCAUAUACCCGCCGCCGCCCGUCAACGCCUUCUGGGGUCAGGUGGUGCACGAGGCCACCGGUCUGUGUGUCGUCACCGGCAGCCCGGUGGAGCCGCUGGUGCAGACGCUGGUGUUCCGCCUGAGCUUGGCCGGCAGGCUGAUCUCGGGGGAGACAUGCGCUGGCUUCAUGCCAUCCCUCGACUCGGUCGUGGCUUCCAUCUGUCCCAGCGAAGCUGCGGUCAUGACCUGGGCCUAUGACGAGGUGAGCUGA